AUGCAUUCUCACCAGUUCGCAAAAUACACAGGCGAGGACCGAAAGGUAAAGGCGGCAAACUUGCUAAUGAAGCUAGAAACACAGCAGCAAACUUUACUUCAGCCAUCCACUGCACAAGAAAAUGCCACCCUUGCAAGUUAUCGCAUUAGCAACAUCAUUGUCAGAAGUGGACACGCUUUUGCUGCGGGUGAUUUUGUAAAAGAGUGUCUGACAGUUGCUGCUGAAGCUGUGUGUCCAACUCAGAAGCGGGCUUUUUCUCAAAUAAGCCUGUCACGGAACACGGUGACCCGCCGCGUUGAGGACAUGGCCGAAGACGUUCGGGGCCAGAUAGCCCAAAGAGCAGGUCGGUUUUCUGCCUUCUCCAUCGCAUGCGAUGAAAGCACCGACAUAUCGGACUCAGCACAGUUGCUGGUGUUUUUGCGAGGCGUCAAUGAGGACUUUGAAGUGUGCCAAGAACUAGCGGGCCUUGAAACACUGAAAGGGACGACAAGAGGGAUCGAUAUUUUUAAGGCAGUGGAGCAAGUUAUGGACAAGAAUGGUUUGAAGUGGGAAAACCUAUCUGGCAUCACGACUGAUGGAGCCCCGGCCAUGGUCGGUAAGAGAGCAGGUCUAACUGCACUUGUGUCCGACAAAGUCCGUGAGUGUGGUGGCUCGAUUUUUAAAUAUCAUUGCAUUUUGCAUCAGGAGCAACUGUGCGCUAAGAAUAUCGGCCUAAAGAACGUGAUGCAGGAUGUCGUUGGCAUUGUCAAUAAUAUUCGCUCAAAGGCGCUCUCACACCGUCAGUUCAAAGCUGUUGUUGAUGAGAUGGAUGCCCAGUAUGGGGAUGUAUUGUACCACCAGGAGGUGCGGUGGCUGAGCCGCGGGAAAGUUUUGCAAGCCAUUUUUCAAGCCACAAAGGAGAACAACAUCCAAGUGCCCUCGGACAAGCACUGGAUUGCAGAUCUGGCCUUUCUUGUGGACAUCACAGAGCUGCUGAAUAUCCUCAAUCUUCAGCUUCAAGGGAGAGACCAGAUAAUCACUCAGCUGUACGACCAUGUCAGAGCCUUCAAGCAAAAGCUCCAGUUGCUUAGCAGACAUCUCUUAACAGGAAAUUUGGCACAUUUUCCCAGCCUCAGAGAAGUUGGGUUGAUGGAGGAAGACACACCAAAAUACUGCAACAUUCUCAGCGAUCUUGUGGUGGAGUUUGACCAUCGCUUUGAGGAUUUUCGUGGAAACGAAGCAGCAUUUGAGCUGUUUGCCCAACCCUUUGCUGUAAAUGUGGAUGCAGUCAGUGAGGAGCUUCAAAUGGAACUUUUGGAGCUUCAGUCUGAUUCAGACCUCCGUUGCCGGUUUAGAGAGCUUUCUUUACAGGACUUUUACAAAUCUGUUCCUGCACACAGAUAUGGCAAGAUCCGCAAACAUGCACAGGUGAUGUUCUCCCUCUUUGGAAGUACCUAUGUCUGUGAGCAGGCAUUCAGCCUGAUGAAUCUUAAUAAGUCCAAACUGAGAAAUGCUUUAUCUGACUCUCACCUUCAUGACAUUCUCACUCUGUCAGUUAGUCAGCUGGAGCCUGAUAUUAAGAGACUUGUAAAAACCAAGGACAGGCUUCAUGUCUCCCACUGA